AUGAUCAACGCCUCUGUAGACGCUGAGCCGGUCGRCGACGGGAGGGGGAAUGGCCAGUACAGAAAGGCGGAACCACACGAUAGCAAGGUCACAGGAUGGAGCACACGGUGGGAGAGGGAAGGCCAUUUGCCAUCACGAUUCAUCUCCCUCGCGAACGCACAGCAAAGGCGACAUGAAAGAAGACCUUUGCCUGCCUGGCCCACAUCAAUGACAACCCUCCACCGCCACGACGACCGUCACGACAAUUCCCGGUAUUUCUGCCGAUAUACGACGGUGAAGUUCGGUAAAAGCAUUCCUUCGGGAUGGUCUUUGGGGCCGAUAGAAACAUGCGUCGAGAGCGCCGAGGAGAACGAAGGCGACAGCAUCAAUGGGCAUGGCAAUGCUCAAGAAGCAGCCCUCCGGCAAGAGCGGUUCAAGAGGACAUACACGGCGAAAGCUUCAUCCACUUCAGCCAAUCCCUUUCUUGCACGCUGCCGAUCGAACAGCUUUCGACGCGUCAAGCAGCGCUACGACAUUAGGACUCGCACCUCCCGGGACACCAUGAACGUCGCAAGAGUUGCUGAGAUCCUGCAGCAAAGGAGGAUGCGGCGCAACUCUUCAAAGUGCUCCUCACUGUCUCCGAUGCAAUGGAUCUGCCUCUCGGGACUACCUACGCGGCGAUGGAGGUAG